GAAGGAGCGCACUUUUCAAGCCAAAGAGAAAAAAGCGCGGAGGGAGAGAGAGAGAGAAAAGAGGAGGAGGGAACGGAGGGGAAGAGCGUGUUUAAGGCAAAUAACUGUCAGUGAGGAGGAGGACGGCGGAGAGACUCCACCGCGUUUCUUUUCUCCACAUCAGCUUUUACGCACGCGUUGACAAGACGCACAGACCAUUUCCCGCUGCUUUUACCUAACAAUGGACUGCCGCUUGGACUGUUUGCUCACCAUAAUGGAGUAAAGACAUUUGAGCAUGUUUAUAUGAAGCACGUGCUUUUUCAAAUCAAAAAGCGGAGGGAGCAGGAGUGCUAUUCUUCAUACUUUGAGCACCUUUUGACAAACUUGCCCGCAUGUGGACAGAAAACACGGAUAUCUCCAACUCUGUCGUGACUUGGCAUUUGCCAGCAAAGUGUUAUUACGCAUCUUAGAAAAUGGAUUUUGGACACUUUGAUAUCAUCUCCUGAGAGAAAACACACGUUCACGCACUGAUAAGAUUUUAAUUGGAAGCCGGCAUUUUUUUGUGUGGACUCUUUGGACCAUUAAACUUGAUACGUGGAAGAGAAGGAGAAUUUUGGGACUUGGCCGUUUUGACGGGUUGAGUCCAAAAAUGGAUUUAUCAACAUGGGUUUGCGUUUGUGCGCUCACACUUGUGUCGACUUUGGCCGUCACAGCGGAGGAAGGAGGAUCUGAGCCAUGUGGUGGCUAUUUGGAUGCCACCGACGCAGGCUACAUCACCACUCCCGGCUACCCACUCGAGUAUCCCCCCCAUCAGAAUUGCCGCUGGGUCAUUACAGCACCAGAACCUUCUCAGCGCAUCGUGCUCAACUUUAACCCACACUUUGAGAUCGAGAAACUGGACUGCAGGUAUGACUACGUUGAGAUCCACGAUGGCAACUCUGAGACAGCUGACUUGCUGGGAAAACAUUGCAGCAAUAUUGCACCAGCACCAAUCAUUUCAUCUGGACCCGCCCUGCACAUCAAAUUCGUGUCCGACUAUGCCCACCAGGGAGCAGGCUUCUCGCUGCGCUAUGAAAUCUUCAAAACUGGUUCCGACUGUUCCAGAAACUUCACAAGUCCCUCAGGUCUCAUUGAAUCUCCUGGGUUCCCUGACAAAUACCCCCACAACCUGGAGUGCUCCUUCAUCAUUGUCGUGCCCCCCAGCAUGGACGUGAGCCUCACUUUCCUCACCUUUGACCUGGAGAAUGACCCUUUGCCUGGAGCAGAGGGGGACUGCAAGUAUGACUGGCUUGAGGUUUGGGACGGCCUUCCUGGAGUGGGCCCACUGAUUGGUCGAUACUGCGGGACCAUGGUACCACCAGAGAUCCAAUCAUCUACUGGAAUUCUCUCUCUGUCCUUCCACACCGACAUGGCAGUGGCUAAAGACGGCUUCUCGGCGCGCUACAACAUGACGCACAAGGAAGUCAGUGAGACGUUUCAUUGUAGUAAUGCUUUCGGCAUGGAGUCUGGAAAGAUCACCGAUGAACAGAUUACAGCUUCAUCAAGUUUUUAUGACGAAAACUGGCUGCCACAUCAGGCCAGACUCAACUACAACAACAAUGGAUGGACACCCAAUGAAGACAGCAACAGAGAAUACAUACAGGUGGAUCUCUACACAUUAAAGGUGAUCACAGGGAUCUCCAUGCAAGGCGCCAUUUCCAAGGAGACGCAAAAGUCAUACUAUGUAACCACUUUCAAGAUGGAGGUCAGCACCAAUGGCGAGGACUGGAUGGUUUACAGACACGGCAAGAAUCAUAAGGUUUUCCAUGCAAAUACAGACGCCACUGAGGUAGUCCUCAAUCGGAUCCCUCAACCAGUACUGGCCCGCUUCGUGCGAAUUCGCCCUCAAUCAUGGAAAAACGGCAUCGCUCUACGGUUCGAGCUUUACGGCUGUCAGAUUACGGAUGCUCCUUGCUCAGAUCUCCAAGGCAUGCUGUCCGGAUUAUUAGCAGAUUCACAAAUAUCAGCGUCGUCCAUGAGGGACAUUCACGGCUCCAUGGGCGCAGCCAGACUAGUGGCAAGUCGCUCAGGCUGGUUCCCCAACCCAACACAGCCCAUUGCUGGAGAAGAAUGGCUGCAGGUGGAUCUCGGCGUGCCCAAACUGGUGCGUGGGGUCAUCACCCAGGGGGCAAGAGGUCUAGAAGGCAGCACCAGCGCUGAGAACCGAGCUUUUGUCCGGAAGUACAAACUGGCUCACAGUUUGAAUGGAAAGGAUUGGACGUACAUCGCGGACAGUAAGACAGGCUUUGCAAAGAUUUUUGAGGGCAACAGCCAUUAUGAUACACCCGAGGUGCGGCGCUUUGAAGAGAUAAUGACUCAAUACAUCCGAGUAUUUCCCGAGAGGUGGUCCCCUGCUGGAAUUGGCAUGAGGAUGGAGGUCCUUGGUUGUGACCUGCCAGAAACAACUACUAUGCCUGACACAGCGACCCCCACACUGCCAAGGGUGGAACAGUCCACUGCAGCAAUGAGACCUGCCACCACUCCAUCGCUGUGGUCGGUGUGCGACUUUGAACAGAGCUUGUGCGGCUGGUCUGCCGAUCCCCAAUCAGGCGUCAGCUGGUCCUUGCACACCGCUGGGAGCAGCGCUGCGGGGCAUGGCCCUCAUGAAACCAGGCUGGAUUUAACACUGGGAUCAGAGAAUUUGUCAGGCAACUACCUCCACCUGGACGCGGGGGCUCACACCCAGCGGAAGCGCGCCAGGCUCCUGAGCCCGGAGGUGGCCCCCGAGCAAGGCCCGCUCUGCCUGGUCUUUUACUAUCAGCUGCAAGGGGAGGCUCAUGCAAGCCUGAGGGUCCUUUUGAGGGACAACGAUCAGGAGGAGACGCUUCUGUGGUCUUUGAAAGGAGAUCAGGGCGCUCACUGGAGGGAGGGCCGCACUGUUUUGCCACAAAGCCCCAAGGAAUAUCAGGUGGUGUUUGAAGGUUUUUUUGAGCAUCCGACCAGAGGCCACAUUAGAAUAGAUAACAUUCACAUGAGCAACACCAUCAACCUGGAGCAGUGCACACAGAGUUUCCACCCGUUGACUCCUGACAUAACAAGGGGUGCCAUGUCUGGAAUGGAGCCCACUGUAGACACAGUGGCAGUGCAGCCAUUUACUGCCCACUGGUACUACGUGUUAGCGGGAGGUGGCGCCCUCCUUCUGCUGCUAACUGUUAUUACGGCAGUGGUUUUGUGCUGCCGUCGGCGCCGUUGGGGAUCCAGCAAGACCAGCGGUAGCCAUCAUCACUCGGUCAUGUACCACAACAGUCAACAUCUAAACCACCCCAACUGCUUCUACAACCAAAACUCCAGCUGUAAUCUCCCCCACAACGCUGAACAAAACCCGUCUCACUCGCAAAGCGGGCCAAGCCUGGAGACUAUGUUGGUUGGCGGGCAGGACAAAGACGACUGUUGUGAUUCCCAGUGUUGAAAUGUGAACCGACUGGGAAGUUCAGAGUAUUUUGAAUGGAACGAGGACUUCCUAUGAGCAAGAAUUUGGCUGAGUCGGCGUUAAAAUCGACACUUCCCAUCGGGAUGCGUCUUCAUUUUUGCUUCCUCCGUGAGAGGAGUCGUCACACUGAUAAGAGAAGCCUAAUUUACGCAAUGAAUACUUCUGUACAUCAAAACCUGAAAUGGAGCACACCACGGACGUUCUCAUGGCAUUUGUUCUUCGGUGGAAUUCAGAGCAGGAUACAUCUGCCUGCUUCAUUUUGGUCCCUGCAUGGAUGGUGCUUGACCCUAAACAACCUUUCCUGGUUUCAUGAAUUACACUGAAACAUUUCUUUCUUGAGGAUGAGAAGAAGCUUGUGGGGUUUUUUUGUCCACAAAAGUUAGAGAGACAAAGAAAACGAGAGGACCGAAGCUAAAAACAAACGUCAGCAGUGAACAGCUGACAAUUUCAAGUGUGUUUUUCUUUUGGUCUGUCACUGUGGAGUAUGUCUUUUUUUGUUUGUUUGUUUGUUUUUGCAUUUUAAACCAGGGGUGUCCAAACAUUUUUCUUUCUUGGGACACCACUGGUUUAGCUUGUCCAAUGUAUAUAUUUUUUGCCAUUUUCAUCAAGAUGGUAAAAAUACUGUUUUUUGUGAUUUCAUACCUCAAUGUGUUAUCAUUAUUUAAUUUAUUGUCGUUCAUGUUUGUUGAUAUUAUUGUGCCUUUUCCACAGUUGGCUUCUGAUUGGCUAAAACGGUAUCGCCGCCCAUGUCUUUGGUGUGACUGUCUUAACUCUUUAUAGGGCAAGUGACUAUUUUUGUAUUUUAAAAUAAUAAGACCUGGCAUUCACAUACAUCAUAUUUUAGGGUCAUGUAGGCCACCCUAUCAACAUUUGGUUUACAAGUGUGGCCUAAAUGACUUUGAUGUAUAUAUAUUAAUUUUUCAAUUAAUAGAAACAAUUAUUAACUAAAUGAAUCAUAUUAAAAUAAAUAAACACAUUCUUAUUACAGUGGUUCUUAACCUUGCUUAAGGUACCGAGCCCCACGAGUUUCACAUGUGCAUUCACUGAACCCUUCGGACUUUAAUUAUGUAGCUUUUUUAUUGUUUUAUUUUUUUACCAAAUUCAAAACCAAUACAGUGAUCACGCGCUACUUCGCGCUUCAAACUUCAAAUAAUGAGCUGUCCCGAGCAUAUCGCGUAGUCUCACUCUCGCGCCUUCCCUCUCCCUGCUCUUUGUUUGUCAGCCCGUGCACUGGAGUUGAUUAUUAAAGUUAACGACGUUGACAGAUGUCUGGGUUUGAUCUCGCCAGACCCGCUAAUUUCAAAGCGCUGCAUGCGUCAAUCAUUGUUUAACUUGUUAAACAGUUGCUGUGGCAACUCAACGUGUGUGAGUGAGCAGUUUGAGUGGACUCACUCAGUGAAGCAUUUUUGUACUACAGUACUUUAUUGUUGUUAAAAAAUAAUUCGGUGGGGCAGUAACAUGUUCAAAACGUAUCAUAAUUAUUACAUUUGAAGUUCUUAAAAACGAGGGAUCACUGUACAGGUAAGCUAGCAAGCAAAUUACAGUUGAAAUUUAUUCAAAUUUCAAAUUUACUACAAAUAAAUUAGGUGUUUUACAGUUAAAUUUCUCGUUGGAAAAUGAGAUUUCAUGUCUAGAUUCUUUCAUUUCUUAUGUAUUCAUUUUACUUUCAACCUGUCCUGUUCAGCUGCUUAGACACGGACAAUAGGAAUCUGAGUGUCUUUAUGGUCUGAACAGCUUUAAUGUAUCACAUGGGAGUUUGAUAUACAGUGAUCCGUCGCUACUUAGCGCAUCAAACAUCGCAGAUUUUUUUUUUCCCAAUUAAAAAUAAAUAAAUAAAUGCUGGAUUUUAUGGAGAUGUCCCAUCCGAUCACAUACAGCCUGUCACUCUCCCUCCAUAAGCUUUUCUUUCUCACCAAACAGCUGCAGUUUGUUAAAGUUAACGCUGAGUGACAAGGUAGCUGCUUUGAACUUUCCAGAGAAGCUUGAGAGUACUACCUUUCAAAGGCUCCGACUCGUUUAACCUGUUAAACAUUGGCUGUAGUGUGCUAUGGCAACGCAUUGUGUUGUGUUGUGUGCUGUUCUAAGCAGCAUGAGUUGAUUUGAGAGGACUCACCCAAUGAAGCAUUUAAUAAAGAAUUAUACUUUGGGGGGAAAAAAGGGGGAAAAAAUCAUGUCUUGUGUGUAUCUUUUUCCAAUGUUAAAUCAGAAUUAAGGGUCUAACGGUACAUGUAUUUGUAUUGAACCGCUUUGGUACGUGGUGCUCAGUUCGGAACGGAGGGGUACCGAACGAGUUUCUGACGUAAUGUAACCCUUACUUUUCGAGGGUGUGAGUCGAUCAGGUAACAGUUUCUUUGUGUAGAUUAUAUUUACUCCAUCUUCUCUACUGUAAUGAGGACCAACACGGUACGACAGUAUAACCCAGAAACGUCAACGGCGCGACAAUGUGGCCGCCGCAAGAACGCAGUAAAAUGCGGGCGUUAAAGUCAGUCAGCCAAUGCACACCGGUCGCAUUGUGGCCGCGUGUUAGACGCGUCCCAGAAGCGGCUUAACACGACGCACGCGAAAAGAACGAGUUUAUUAUUUGACACGAGACGCGACCCUCCUGUGUCAGUACUACUACCGGUAGCUCUGAUCGGGCAUACCGGAAGUCACUCGUGUAAAAAUACGGUGGAUCCGGUCGAUUUUCAAACUAAUAUGCAAUCGUAACCCACUUUUGGAGUCCAUCAGAUCUCUUGAGUGGUAGAUCGGGGCACAGUUGACUUGUCUUUGUUGAUUUACUGCUGUCUUCUCUGCUAUAAUAAUAACCAACACGGCCCCGUGUUCAAUACAAAACCCUCAUACCACAACAAAACAAGUAGGAACUAAUAUUCACAAGUUAUACAACAUAAAAUAUACAAUAUAAAUGAAUACUACAUCACAUUCGUAAAAUAUAAACACAUAAUAAAAUAAAUAACAGCCCAUUUAAAUAUAAUAAAUUGAAAUGAGCUAAAACACCUGUAAUUAAAUAAUAAGAAUAAUACACAGAUCUUCCUUACACAAUUAAAUUUAUUUAUUUCUGUGUGGCGCUUUAACUUGAGAAAAUCCACCAAUAAAGCUUUUGAAAACCGUUCAUAAGAAAAAAAAAAGAUUCAUCGAGGCAUUUCGUUUGUAAAAUAAAUGUUAAAAUCUUUGUCAUUGGGAUUGCUUUUCUCUUUAGCACAGGACUUCUUUUUUCUUCUUUCUUUCAGAAAGAAAGCUGACCAAUACGUGGGGUCUGAAAGGCAAAUUGUUGUUGGAUUAUUUUUAAAUACCCGUUAGUUUUUGAGCAGAAUUCUAGCUUUGUAUAGGCUAAUGUUCCCAUUGUUGAAAGCACAAAGGUGUGUAAUAAACAACUAGCACAUUUAUAUUUUGCAUUUUGUUUUCUUACGGUACCGAAAAUGAACCGAACCGUGACCUCAAAACCAAGGUACGUACCGAACCGAGAUUUUUGUGUACGGUUACACCCCUAAUCAGAAUAAAUACAUUGAACACACCAUUUUUUGGGGUAAAUAACCUACAUCUCUACUUCACGGAUUACGAUUAUCACGGGAGGGGUCUCCAUUAACCGCCGAAAAUGAGGGACCACUCUACUCCCAUUGUGGUUGUUCAUCAUUUGCCUGGCUCUACCAGACUAUUCUCCCUGUAUUUUUCAAACACUGAGAGUAUAGUCCGGGAACCAGCCCAUUGAUGGCCUCUCGAGCAGGUACAAAAUCAAUCGACAAAUCAGAUUCGUUCAUUUGCGUGACGUGUUCUUAACGAGCAACGUCACUCUUGCGCGUCGAAAGUCGUCUCCACAACAACACAGAUGGUGAACGGAAGAGCCGAGAAUAUGUUCCAAUCCACGAUAAAAUCAGUUUUAAAUUACCAAAAACACAUCGACACGAGUCAUUGACAACAGUCUGUCUCGCGCUAGCCAUGUUGAAUAAACUCCGCUCUCUUCGUAUGUUUACUUCCGCGCGCAAGUCCCUCGUCCUUCCCUCGUCAUUUUACUAACGUCACGUCUGCCCGUCGCUGAUUGAUCCACUCCGCUGUCUGUUUGCUGUGGCUUGCUCCGCCCUGGAAAUUGUAUCCGCGUGAAUGGUGGCCAGACUCAAUAGCUGGAACAGCGGUGAGUCUGGUGUACCAGGCAAGUUCAUCAUGUCUAGAUUCUCAUUUUAUGCUCGCAUCCUUGCAUCACAUACUAUUUUCAUUGCAUAAAAUAUGACGCAAAUGUUUUUUUUUUUAAUUAUCUGCACAGUGCACGCUGCCUGUAGGUAGGUCUGUUAUACUUCCUCAUCAUGAGUCAACCUGAGCAAACCAGUUUCUCAUCCAAUUAGAUAAAGGGCUAGGAGUUCAAAUAAAUGGAAUAAAGCCUGUAAAUUGGAGGCAACCCAGUCUAAAACCUAGUCUAAAACGACACGUGGCCUUUAGUCAGAGUAUGAAAAUAGGGCCCUGUGUGUCUUAACCUUCACCAAACCCCUGGGGUUCAAUCAAACCCUGGUUAAAAACCACUGUCUUAUUAUGACCUCCAAUAACAGUUUUUUUUUUUCAUAGUAUUUACCGCAUUGCCUCUAAAUACUCAUUUUUUUCAGCCAAUGAGUUAAAUGAAUGCCCUAUAAAGCAUUAAUGUGUUGUCACAUGAACAUUUUUGUUUUUUUAGUCUUAACAAUACCUACGUGGACGACAAUGUCAAGGGGAAAAAAAAUGUCCAAAGCAUAUGCACGACGAACACAGUACAGCACAUGAAAAUACAAAGCCGUGACACGCAUUUUGGAUGAUUUUAAACAACCUAGUGAUGUCGAAAAAGUUGUGCCUCAGUGUUUAAUGGCCGUUUGCCUGAAUCCUAUGGAUGACUUCAAGCCUGUGUCUGCUUCUUCAUAUGAUCAAUGAAUGAAAUGAACCACCAAAAGACAAUUCUACCCGUCUUUGACGGGGUGAAGCUGCAGGUGUAUUCCCACAUUGUUGUUGGUGUUCACCCGAUUGAUUGCUUGGUAAAGGGCAAACAUUUUGCUUUUUAUUCAUUAGAUGAGACCAACGCAUAUGCUGUGACCUUUGUACUCACAAAGCCGUUAAGCCUUUAUCUUACAACUUUGUGGAUGCCUUUACGAUCAUAUUUUUUAAAUGGAUUACAUUGAAUUAACUGCGGCACUUUCUUAUCCCAAACCUAAGCAUCAGUAGAAGGAAAAACUAACAUGUUUUACUCUUUCAAUGUCAUUGACAGCGAUAGACAUUGAAUCAAUUUGUUAAUUUAUUUUUUAAAAAAAAGAAACAUUAAAGCCGUUACAACAGUAGAAAGUUUGUUGAUGUUUUAUUAAUUUCAGUAUUGUAAGUUAAUAUGCCAAAAUGACUGUGUGAUCAAUGUCAAAACAGUUGAUUUUUUUGCAACUUUGGGUCGUCUAUCAUUGUCAAUGGCAACCAGUGAGUUAAUGAAUAUCCUUAUUGAUUGUUGGUUGUCACCAAGUUUAGAUUUUUCAUUUUUUCAAAUAAUUACAGAAUUUUUGGGAAGUUUGAAAUGCAACCCUUUAUUGGGCAAAUGAAUAUUUGUGGUAGUUUUAAAAAAAUCAAUACUUUAAUAUUGUCUGUCAAUGAGGCCUGUGAUUGGCUGGCAACUGGUUUAGGGUGUACCCUGUCUCCUGCCCAUUGUUAGUUGGAUAGGCUCCAGCACCCCGCGACCCUUGUGAGGAUAAGCAGCUCAGAUGAUGUAUGAAUGAAUUCAUUUUACAAUAUUAGUAUUAGAGUUUAAAUAGAGAUUUUUAUAUUAUUUCUAUGGGGGCUUUCACACGACCAGAGUUCUUUUUCUCAGAUAGUCCGCUUCAUUUUGUAAAUGUGAAUGCGCAUCCGAUCUCGAUUUCGGACCAAACAAACAAACUCUGGUGCGCUCCAAAAAAAAAAGUGGGUCUCGGUCCACAAGGACGUGCGAUAUAUAUAUUUUUUUUUUACCAAUCCACAAACCUUUGAUCUGCUUCAUUUGCUCGCACAGCCUCUCUCCCCCCCUUUCCCAGCUCUCAGUCACUGCGGCACUUGCUUAUUAAAGUUAACGAUGAAUUCUAUCUGGUCAAAGAAGCCAGGCAGCAAUCUGUCAAUCAUCGUUUAACUUGUUAAACAGUUUCUGCAAAGAAGCGCGGGCUGGAAUAAAUGUGUGUGUCUGUGGGGGGACGUGGAGACGUUCGAG